GAGCAUUUGAGCUGAGGCAGUGCUACUUCCAAAGUCCCAUACUCUCUCUUGUCUUUGCUCUCUGCCAUUAACGUCCCGUUUUCCUCUAAUGGAAGAGCUUGAAGAUAGAAACAAUGAUCAGAAGGCUAUGGCGGUCGAAGAUGAAGCUCCGGUGAGGUCGGGACGACGGCCGAUUUUCGAAAGAAAAUGGACAAGUGUAGACAAACGUACUGCUGCUGCUGUUUUGGGUAUGCAUUUGCUUUGUCUCUUGGCGCCAUUUCACUUCACUUGGCCAGCCUUCUGGCUUGCCGUUGUACUCUACAUUAUCACGGGCAUGUUCGGUUUGACACUUUCGUAUCACCGACAUCUCACGCACAAGAGUUUCAAACUUCCCAAAUGGCUUGAAUACAUGUUCGCUUAUUUUGGGGUCCAUGCCUAUCAGGGUGACCCGAUUGAUUGGGUGAGUACGCAUAGGUAUCAUCAUCAGUUUGCUGAUACUGAAAGAGAUCCACACACUCCGACACAAGGAUUUUGGUUCGGUCACGUUGCGUGGAUAUUUGAUUCGUAUGGUUUGACUAAAAAAGUUAGUCCGAAACACGUUGAAAAUUUUGAGGAAGGAAAUCGAAAACCAAAGCCUUUUAGAAAUAUUUUUGUGGGAUAUUUGAAGUAUGGAAGACCAAACAAUGUGGAGGAUUUACAAAAGCAGGCCUUUUAUAGGUUUCUUCGAAGAACAUACAUUCUUCAUCAUGUUGGUCUUGCAGUUGUCCUCUAUGCUGUCGGAGGGCUUCCCUUCCUCGUUUGGGGAUUGGGAGUGAGGAUCGUAAGCUUUCAACAUUUCACAUUCGCGGUAAAUUCUUUGGGCCAUAUGUGGGGAAACCAACAAUGGAACACCGGGGAUCAGUCGAGAAACAACUGGGUAUUGGCAUUGCUUGUAUUUGGGGAAGGGUGGCACAACAAUCACCAUGCAUUUGAGUAUUCAGCUCGACAUGGCCUAGAAUGGUGGCAGCUGGAUGUGACUUGGUGGGUGAUUUUGGUUCUUGAAGCUAUGGGGUUAGCAACGGAUGUGAAAUUACCCUCUCAACAUCACAUGCAGAAAUUGGCCAUGCAACCUAAAUGCGAGUGAUUGAUCAUAAAUGUGUUGAAUCUCUCUCAAAUUUUCAUGCUUUUUAUUUCUCUAUGGUUAUGAAAUAUGUAUGGGAUAUGUUUACGAAUAAUGUAGGGAACAAAA